GCGUUUUGUUUUUUGGCGACAAGAACACGUGUUUUUCAUUUCAAAUAGAAAUUAAAAUAUAUUUUUAUGGUUUAAACUGUGUAAAAGUAUUAAAAAUUAAGAGAGGCAUGUUUUACUUGAUUGGGUUGGGACUUGGCAGUGCAAAAGACGUGACUGUGAAAGGAUUGGAAAUAAUACAAAAAUGUGACCGGGUUUAUUUAGAAGCCUAUACGUCAAUUUUGACAGUAGGAAAGGAAGCAUUGGAAGAAUUCUAUGGACGGCCAAUAUUAUUGGCUGAUCGUGAACUGGUUGAAAGCGGUUCCGAGGAAAUUCUCGCGAAUUCCGACAAAGAAGACGUAGCAUUUCUCGUAGUCGGGGAUCCCUUCGGGGCUACAACUCACACGGAUUUGGUUUUACGAGCUCGAGAAAAGGGCAUAAAAACGCAAAUUAUUCACAAUGCCUCGAUCCUAAAUGCGGUUGGCUGUUGUGGACUUCAACUUUAUUCCUACGGAGAAGUUGUGUCAAUUCCGUUUUGGACCGAGACUUGGCAACCGGACAGUUUCUACGACAAGAUAGCGGAAAAUCGGAAGCGAGGUCUGCAUACUCUCUGCCUUCUUGAUAUUAAGGUCAAGGAACCGACUCUGGAGAGCAUCUUGAAAAAGAAGCAGGAAUACAUGCCACCAAAAUUUAUGAGCGUUUCUGAGGCCGCGGAUCAACUGAUACAAAUUCUCGAAAGAAAGAGGAGAGAAGAUAAUGAAUUGGCCUUUACAGAAGGAAGUUUGGCAGUCGGUCUGGCAAGAGUUGGUUCCGAGGACCAGCGAAUUUUGGCCUCUAGUCUCUCGGAAAUGAGGAAUGCAGACCUAGGACCUCCUCUCCAUUGCCUCGUGAUUCCCGGGGAAACUCUCCAUCCCCUGGAAUCCGAAUACCUCGUUCAAUUCGCCUCCAACAGUGAGAAUUUCACGGAGAUGACGAAAUCCGAGGGUCAUUAAGAAAUGAGAAAAUAAGAAAUUAUUCGAAUUCAAGGUCGUUUCGCAAUCUGGAAGUUCGUCUUCCAGACGCUGCAAUUAGAAUUGACUGAGGGGGAACGCUCCCGAGAGUCAGACGGAUAUCCUCAGGGUCAACUGAGAGAAAAAUAUUUUUAAUGCAUCCGCCGUUGGAGAACGAAAAUAGAGGCGUUUUACGAUCGAAACUAGUGAAUAUAAAGAAUUCGAACUAUGUACGUAAUUUCAUUCUAUUUCUGAAACCGCAAUAUCCCAGUAGUUUGUUAUUAUUAUAUUUCGCUAUUUUUCUCAUCAUUGUAUGAACUUUUAGAAUUUUAUUACAAACUUUA